AUGCCCACCGACCCCAACAUCCACGAUGUCCGAGGCCUCAUCCGCCAGUCACCGCCCGUCGACAUUCGCAAACCAUACGACCCGUCUACCCUCAAGGGCAAGACGAUCCUCAUCACUGGCGGCGCCAACGGCCUCGGCGCCCAUCUCGUCCGUCACUGGGCCUCUCAUGGCGCCCACAUUAUCAUCGGUGACCUCGCUGAUGCUGCCGGCGAGGAGCUCGUUGCUUCUCUGAAGACCACCUACCCAAAGUCCGCCUUUGUCUUCCAGCACUGCGAUGUCACCGACUGGGACUCCCAGUGCAGCCUGUUUGAAACAGCCGUACGCGUCAGUCCUCAUGGCGGCAUCGACAUCGUGGUGCCCAACGCCGGCAUCAUCCUCCCUGGCCAGGCCGUAAAGUUUGAGGCUCCCAAGCUGGUCAACGGCCGUGUCCCGAAGCCGAACACUAAGACUUUCGACGUCAAUAUCACGGGCGCUAUUUACACCACUCAUCUCGCGCUUUACUACCUCCCUGAGAAUGACUCCGGUGACCGCUGCCUCCUGCUCAUCGGCUCGCUCUCAUCUGUCGUUCCCUUCCCAGGCCAGUGCCAGUACACCAUGAGCAAGCACGCCAUUCUCGGUCUGUUCCGCACCCUGCGCUCCACGGCCUUCACCCGCGGUGUCCGUGUCAACAUGAUUGCUCCUUACUACAUCUCCAAGAGCAACAUGCUCCGGCCCAAGGUCGAGGCCAUCUUUCUCUCCGGUACCGCAGGCGGAGCGCAGUUCGAGGACUGCGUCGACGCUGCAACCCGUCUCAUCGCCGACCAUGAAGUUGCUGGACGCGCACUCGCCGUGGGCCCUAAGCUGAAGACCGGCAGCGUCAAGGUCGUCGAGGACGAGGACGCCUUUAUGAUUGUCGAGGACAACGAGAACGACGGCCAUGGCAGGGCUGUCUGGGAGAUGUACGGCUCCGACUACGACGAGGUUGACGCGUUUAUCAAGCGGUAUAUUAUGCUUCUAAACUACGCCGAGAAGGUCAAGGGGUGGGUUGGCUACUUCAAGGAUCUGUGGAGCAUCUGGCGACGCAAAUAG